AUGAAUCUCACUCAGGGUUUCAGGAAGGUCUGUUCUUACAAAAGUGAGUAUGCGAAUCCAUGGUUUCGAGCUGGGAAAAAGCACUGGCUGAAGAACAUCAAAAGCAGGAUUCAACUUUCCAAAGCCACUAAGCCACAACAAGGUUCACAUAGUCCUUGUGUUGAUCCAAUGAAGGAUAAUUUGGAAGAGGAGCUGGAGAAGUUGAGGAAUGAUAACAUUAGUCUGAAAAUAGAACUUCAGAAGUUGAAAGAUAGACAAGAAAACAUGAGAGCUUUGUUUCCUACUUUGAAAGGAUGCAGAAAGGAUACAGAAAUUAGCAAUAUUUUGAAGCUAUUUCUCGAGAAAUCGAAAGUGAGAGGAGAUUCUAGCAGCAAUGACACAAGAAAGAGGCCACAAACGGUAGAGUCGCCAGAUCGUGUGGCUAACUUUGUCCAGGAUGGGAUUGGACAGACAUCAAACUCUGCUGGUGGCUCAGUAAGUUCUAAUGAACAACAGAAAGAAGAAGCAACUGCUAAAAAUGAUAAGAAUCGCGAGUUCUGGGAAAAACUGCUUGAAGAUGAUUCAGAGUCUCAAAAUGAAGGAGCAGAGAGUGAGCAGGCACUGAAUCGAUCGAAGGCUAGGGCUGAGAUUGAGGAGAUGGUGGAAAGCAAGAUUGCUAUGGAAGGAGAAGCUUUGAUUGCAAAAGCUGCUGCUGGUUUAGAUGAGGAGAUGGAGACUUAUCUUCAAUUGUGGACCUAG